AUGAGACUGAACCACCCGGUUUUACUGCUGGCUGUGGCCGGGUCUGCCGCUGCCAGCGACAAACUGGCUCGUCCCCCGGGGGUUGCCCAAUUUUACCAGGACACGACGACAUUCACCUGCAUCUCGCAUCCGUCGAUUAAGAUUCCCUUCUCUGCUGUCAAUGAUGAUUUCUGUGACUGUCCGGACGGCAGUGACGAGCCCGGCACCGCGGCCUGCUCUCAUCUGUCUCGCAACUCGCCAUUGACCGUGGCAGACCGGCCGGGAAACAGCGAAUUGGAGCUUACGCCCGCGCUUCCGGGAUUCUACUGUAAGAAUAAGGGUCAUCGGCCAUCGUACAUCCCCUUCCAACGGGUCAAUGACGGGAUCUGCGACUACGAACAGUGUUGCGAUGGUAGCGAUGAGUGGGCGCAGGUCGGAGGCACCAAAUGCCCGGACCGCUGCAAGGAGAUUGGCAAGAAGUGGCGGAAGGAAGAAGAGCAGCGCCAGAAGUCCAUAACCGCUGCUUUGAAAAAGAAGAAGGAACUCCUUGUUGACGCAGGGCGCCAGCAGAAGGAGAUCGAGGACAAUAUCAUCCGGCUGGAGGCGGAGAUCCAGGGCGCGGAAGUCAAGGUGCAGAACCUCGAGGCCGACUUGAAGACUGCCGAGGAGCGGGACCGCAAAAUCGUCCGCACUGGAAAGCAGAAGGGUUCUGGGAAGGUUAGCGCCCUGGCGGGCUUGGCUAAGGGCCGGGUAAAUGAGUUGCGUGAUGCUCUCAUCGAUGUCCGUCGCCAGCGGGACGAGACUCGGUCGCGCCUCAAGGAGCUCGAGGGCAUCCUGUCCACGUUCAAGGUCGAAUACAACCCCAACUUCAACGACGAGGGCGUGAAGCGUGCGGUGCGCGGCUGGGAAGAUUACGCCGCCCGGGAGAACUUGGAAGGCGAUGAUGUGAACAGUGCAGAGGAGCGUGAUCUGGACGAGAUUUCCAAAGCUGAUAGUGAGAACUCGGGCAUUCACUGGGAGCAUUGGGAGAAUGAGGUGGAUGGCAGCAGUAAUUCCGAUCUGGUCUACAAGCUCGCAGCCUAUCUCCCGCCAUCACUUGUCAGCUUCAUCGAAGGCAAAGUCACUUCAGUCAGGACAUUCCUCGAGGACCAGGGAAUCCUAGCACAGACCGAAGUAGACCCCUCUUCCGAGUCCAAGGCCGUGAAGGAGGCAAAAGCCGCCCUUAAAUCUGGCGAGGACUCGCUCCGGGAUCUCAGAAACAAGUUGCGUGACCACCAAGCCGACAUUGAAAAGGACUACGGCAAGGCAUCCAUCUUCCGCGCUCUCAAGGGUGUGUGCAUCCAGCAAGAUGCAGGCGAAUACACGUACGAGCACUGCUUCCUGGAAAACACGAAGCAGAACCAGCGAAAGGGCGGCUCGAGCAUGAACAUGGGCAAGUUCGUGAAGAUUGGAACCACGAGCGUCGAGGAGGUCAACGAGGCGGGCGAGAUGGUCUCUGUUGAGAAGGUCUCGCUCGAGUACGCGAAUGGUCAACACUGCUGGAACGGGCCGAAUCGUUCGACCAACGUCAUCUUGGAGUGUGGUGAGGAGAACGCAAUUCUGAAGACUAUGGAGGAUGAGAAGUGUGUCUACUCGAUGAUUGUGACGACACCGGCUGUCUGUGCUGGUGGUGAGGAGGAGGACGAUACUGCCCCUCGUCGUAAGGAUGAGCUGUGA